ACUGGGCAUGCCCAGAAGUGCGUAGACGCGCCCGUCAGCUCCGGUCGGAGGAAGGCUCUGCUCCGCGCCACCAUGGAGCGCAUCGAGGGAGUGUCCGUGGGCCUCUGUGCCCGCUCGCCUUACCUGCGGCCUCUCACGCUGCAUUACCGCCAGGAUGGUAUCCAGAAGUCCUGGGACUUCAUGAAGACACACGACAGUGUGACCAUUCUCAUGUUCAACUCUUCUCAGAGAAGCCUGGUGUUGGUGAAGCAGUUCCGGCCAGCUGUAUAUGCAGGCGAGGUGGAACGCCACUUCCCAGGAUCUCUGGCAGCUGUGGACGAGGACCAGCCCAAACAACUUGAGCCAGCACUGCCUGGCUCAGUGGGAGUGAUGGUGGAACUGUGUGCCGGCAUUGUGGACCAGCCUGGGCUCUCACUGGAAGAAGUGGCCUGCAAGGAGGCUUGGGAAGAGUGUGGCUAUCACCUGGUCCCCACUGAUCUGCGCAGAGUUGCCACAUACAUGUCCGGAGUAGGGCUCACUGGCUCCAGGCAGACCAUGUUCUAUGCGGAGGUGACAGAUGCUCAGCGCAGCGGCCCUGGUGGAGGCCUGGCCGAGGAGGGAGAGCUCAUCGAAGUUUUGCAUCUGAACUUGGAUGAUGCCCAGGCCUUUGCAGACAACCCUGACAUUCCCAAGACCCUCGGUGUCAUCUUCGCUAUCUCUUGGUUCUUUAGCCAAGUGGUUCCUCACCUGAGUCUCCAGUGAGCCCUGGGACUGGACAGGCUGCUCCAUCCAUUCCUCCCCUCCUGCCCUGUGCACUCAAUAAAGCUUGUAUUUUUACUGAGA